CAGCCAGGAGUCACCAAGAUGCCCAUACUGGAAAAAGCUCCCCAUAAGAUGGCAGCAAAACCGCCCAGCAGUGAGGAGGAGUCUUUGCCCAAACUUCCAGUGCCCCCACUGCAGCAGACCCUGGCCACUUACCUGCGGUGCAUGCAGCACCUAGUACCUGAAGAACAGUUCAAGAGGAGCCAGGCCAUUGUGCAGCGGUUUGGGGCCCCUGGUGGCCUUGGUGAGACCCUGCAGCAGAAGCUCCUGGAACGACAGGAGAAGACAGCCAAUUGGGUAAGAGUUGCUGAGAGGGAGCAGACUAGGGCGAAUCCAGCUCUCUUACUACCAUCCUAACGCAGUUCUGGUUUUUGUGCCCUGCUUUGCCUGAUCAAGUCAAGUAGAAGCAAUUCUGAUUCCCUGCCUCCCUCCCUGCUCUCCCUCUCCAGUCACUCCAUCCCCACCGACUGUGCCAAGGGCCAGCUGUCAGGGCAGCCACUCUGUAUGAAGCAAUACUACGGGCUCUUCUCCUCCUACCGCCUCCCUGGCCACAUCCAGGAUACACUGGUGGCCCAGAAGAGCAGUGUCAUGCCCGAGCCAGAGCAUGUCAUUGUGGCCUGCUGCAACCAGUUCUUUGUCUUGGAUGUUGUCAUUAAUUUCCGCCGUCUCAGUGAGGGGGAUCUGUUCACUCAGUUGAGAAAGAUAGUCAAAAUGGCUUCCAACGAGGAUGAACGCUUGCCUCCAAUCGGCCUGCUGACGUCAGAAGGGAGGAGCGAGUGGGCUGAGGCCAGGACGGUCCUCGUGAAAGACUCCACCAACCGGGACGCACUGGACAUGAUUGAACGCUGCAUCUGCCUGGUAUGCCUGGAUGCCCCGGGAGGCAUGGAGCUCAGCGACACCAACAGGGCACUUCAGCUCCUUCACGGCGGAGGCUGUAGCAAGAAUGGGGCGAACCGCUGGUAUGACAAGUCCCUGCAGUUUGUGGUGAGCCGAGACGGCACCUGUGGUGUGGUGUGCGAACACUCCCCUUUCGACGGCAUCGUCCUGGUGCAGUGCACAGAGCAUCUGCUCAAACACAUGGUGAAGAGCAGCCAGAAGCUGGUCCGAGCCGACUCCGUCAGCGAGCUCCCGGCCCCCAGGAGGCUGCGUUGGAAAUGCUCCCCGGAAAUUCAAGGCCUCUUAGCCUCCUCAGCAGAAAAACUUCAACGAAUAGUAAAGAAUCUCGACUUUACUGUUUAUAAGUUUGACAUCUUCGGGAAAACAUUCAUUAAGAAGCAGAAAUGCAGUCCUGAUGCCUUCAUUCAGGUGGCCCUCCAGCUGGCCUUCUACAGGCUCCACAGGAGACUCGUCCCCACCUAUGAGAGCGCGUCCAUUCGCCGAUUCCAGGAGGGCCGCGUGGACAACAUUCGAUCGGCAACUCCAGAGGCGCUGAGUUUUGUGAGAGCCAUCACUGACCACAAGGCUGCUGUGCCGGCUUCAGAGAAGCUGCUGCUCCUGAAGGAUGCCAUCCGAGCCCAGACUGAGUACACAGUCAUGGCCAUAACAGGGAUGGCCAUCGACAAUCAUUUGCUGGGGCUGCGGGAGCUGGCCCGGGACAUGUGCAAGGAGUUGCCCGAGAUGUUCACGGAUGAAACAUACCUGAUGAGUAACCGGUUCAUCCUCUCAACCAGCCAGGUGCCCACAACCAUGGAGAUGUUUUGCUGCUAUGGUCCCGUGGUGCCCGACGGGUACGGGGCCUGCUACAACCCCCAGCCAGAGAGCAUCCUUUUCUGCAUCUCCAGCUUCCAUGGCUGCAAAGAGACAUCUUCUACCAAGUUUGCAAAAGCGGUAGAAGAAAGCCUCGUUGAAAUGCGGGACCUGUGUAGUCUGUCACAGUCUAUGGUGGGCAGGCCAUUGGCAACACAAGAAAAAGCAACAAGGCCCAUUCAAGGGCACCAACCUUGA